AUGUGUCCUGUAGACCCACGAGUGGGCGGUAAUGGUGUGUUCUGUAGAUCGUCGUACGGCGACGAGGACGAUAGCACGCGUGUUGUUGGUUGUGUUUUCACAUCUCACUUAUUUCAUUCGGGCCGCCGAGCCUUCUUUAUGAAUGAGGACUGCUUGCAAACACUCAGCUCGGCAAAUAAGCUGCUGAACGCUGAACACGACGCGGCGGUCGUACGGGAACGCGCGGGGUAA